CGCCUGUUUAUGAGGCCUGGUUCAACUGUGAAAAAGCAAAAGACUGAACACGCGUUCAUGCAUCGUAGGAGGCCAUUUUUCGCCCAUAAAACGGGCUUGAGAAUGCACCAGCAGGUCAGUAAGCUUCAACGAAUUCUUCAGUUGACCAAGCACUUAUCCACUUCAAUCAAAUCAUGUCUUCUCCAUCCCCCGCCAACCCCGCGCGCGCUGCUAAGCGCCCUGCUACUGCUGAGCAUGCUCCCGCCCGUGCUGCUGCUAAGGAUGAGGCUCUUACAGUCGAUAUUGUUGAGCCACUUCCUCCACGUCCUUUCAACCCUAAUCGAGCACUCACUGCGUUCAGUAUGAUCAAAAAUAUCAUAGCUACUGCUUACGGCUCCUUGGCACGCAUGAAGCCACACGGAGCUCUAAGCGUAACACGAUGAAUAACUUCAUCUACUACCUAGAGGGUUCAGGCAAAUCAGGCCUCUACAAAAAAGGGACACCCCGCUACCCUGCUGAACGAAAGGUGUUGAAGACUUAUGAGGCAUUCAACGCCAUCCGAGACGCCCAUUUAAGUAGUAAUAGGCAUUCAGCUCAACUUACGACGUUUAAGGACCUCCAACAGAACUAUUACGGAGUCACUGAAAAGGACGUUGAAAAGCUACUGCGUCUCUGUCGUGUUUGUGCAGCAGCAAGGCACCCUCCUCCUGCCCCGCGGGCCCUGCGGGCGAUCCUCUCAAGAGAGAUAUUCGAGCGGGUGCAGAUGGAUCUAAUUGAUUACCGGAACCACCCUA